CAUGUCUAUAUAAUAUAUCAUGGCGUGUGAAAGUUGGAGUACUUCUCAGAUUUACCGGACUCGUGUUGUUUUUUAGUGGUAGCAAAGGGAUCACGUACUGUUUUUUUAUCAGAGUACUUUAGGAUAUAUUCUUCUUUUUUGGAUUAGAUCUCUUAUUGUUUAGACUCUUCUGUGUAUAAACUUCCGGUCUGUACAGAUAUAUCCAUUUUCAUGGCAGUUUGGUUGGUAAGGUCAAGAACAUUUGUCCAUAGUCUGAGCAAAAAGAUGGGCUUUUUGGGAGUAUAUCCGAGUAGGAGUUCUUGGGAUGCUUCUUUUAUGCAAUAUUCUUCUAGUUCUUCUGCAAUAUUGUCACUUGUUGAUAACAGAUAUGGAUCAAGACCGUAUGGUUUUUUUGAUAACUCAGCUACUCGUUUCCUCGUUCCACGCUUCAAAUCCACCGAACCUGAAAGAGACUUGGACUCGCAGCACAUUAAGGAGGAUGAAGAAGAUCAUGAUCAGGCCUUGGAUUUUCCUGGAGGGAAGGUUCCAUUUACGUCUGAAAUGAGUUUCAUUUCCGAGUCAGGGGAUAAGAGGGUUCCUUGUUAUCGAGUUCUUGAUGACAAUGGUGAGCCAAUCGUGUCCAGCAACUUUGUGCAGGUAAGCAAGGAAAUAGCAGUAAAGAUGUAUAGUGACAUGGUCACCCUUCAGAUGAUGGAUAGCAUAUUCUACGAAGCUCAAAGGCAGGGAAGAAUUUCAUUUUACUUGACCACAUCUGGGGAAGAAGCAAUUAACAUUGCAUCUGCGGCUGCACUUUCUGCAGAUGAUCUUGUCUUGCCUCAGUACCGGGAGCCUGGAGUUCUCUUGUGGCGUGGUUUCACACUGCAAGACUUUGCCAACCAGUGCUUUGGAAACAAGGCUGAUUCUGGGAAAGCCAGGCAGAUGCCUAUCCAUUACGUCUCUAAGAAUCACAACUACUUCGCUGUUUCAUCACCUAUGGCUACACAGCUUCCUCAAGCUGUAGGUGUUGCUUAUUCUCUUAAAAUGGAUGGCAAGAAUGCAUGUGUGGCCACUUAUUUUGGAGAUGGCGGCAGUAGUGAGGGAGAUUUCCAUGCUGCUUUGAAUUUUUCAGCAGUUCUGGAAGCCCCUGUUGUUUUUAUUUGUCGGAACAACGGUUGGGCCAUCAGUACUCCCACAGAAGAGCAAUUUCGAAGUGAUGGCCUUGUUGUUAGAGGUCGGGCUUAUGGAAUUCGAAGCAUCAGGGUGGAUGGGAAUGAUGCUCUUGCUGUAUAUAGUGCAAUUCAUGCUGCUCGUGAAAUGGCUGUAAGGGAACAAAGACCAAUAUUAGUGGAGGCCCUAACAUAUAGAGUUGGACACCACUCCACAUCUGAUGAUUCCACCAAGUAUCGGCCAUUGAAUGAGAUUGAAUACUGGAAAUUGACACGAAACCCUGUAAAUAGAUUCAGAAAAUGGGUAGAAAAGAAGGGCUGGUGGAGUGACAAAGAUGAUUCUGAGCUUCGAGGCAGCAUCAGAAAGCAGAUACUGCAAGCAAUUCAAAUAGCAGAGAAAACAGAGAAACCUCCACUAGCAGACAUGUUCUCAGAUGUCUACGACAAGCAGCCGUCAAACCUUCAAGAGCAGGAGAAACUGCUUAGAGAAACCAUCAAGAGACAUCCACAAGACUACCCAUCUUAUGUUCCUGUUUAGAAUAUAUUUAAAAAGCUAUCAUGAAAACUUGAAUUACCAUGUGUAAAACCUCAAAAAAGUUCAAAGAAUUAGAAAAUAAAGCAUUCCUCCAUUUCAUGAAGCUCA